AUGUCUGGCUACCAUGGCCGUACAGGCCCAAACUUUUCUCAAUACGUCAACAACCUUAACACAAUUCCGCAGCCUUAUAAUCCGGAUUUUCUGCCUACCGAUGACCUCAAUUUGGACCAAGAACUAUCAUUGUUCACUAAUACCGAUUUUACUGAUUUCACCGAUUUUGAAGCGGUGCCAAACCAUGGAUUGGACUUUGGUCUAGGAGAUAGCAAAUCAUCUGGAAAUGACUUCAAAUACGAGGACCUUCUUGCCAGCGCAACAUCACCAUCAACCAACGUGCAACCCUCAAAUACUUCCCACUAUGCGAACUUUCCUCCUCCGAUACAGCCAGCACCCCCUGUCUCCGCUUUUCCUACAAGCGCAAGCAUUUUGUCGCCUGUUGCUUCCUCACCAAUUUCGCCGGAGUCUUCUCCCCAAAAGGUAGGAGUCAAGCGGAAGGCCGAUGCUAUCGCAAGCGCCUCACCGCAACAGCUACCAUCAGAUGAACAGUCUCGUCUCGCUGCAGAAGAAGAUAAGCGGCGGCGAAAUACCGCUGCGAGCGCCCGUUUUCGAGUGAAGAAGAAGCAGAGGGAGCAGGCUCUCGAGCGAACUGUGAAAGAGGUAACGGACAAGAAUACAGCCCUGGAGGCCAAGAUCAGCCAAUUAGAGAUGGAGAACCAAUGGCUCAAGAACCUCAUUACGGAGAAGAAUGGCAAGCAAACCAAAGAGCAGAUUGCAGAGGCAUUCCGGAAAUUUAGGAAAGAGAGUGAGGAACGCGAGACAAGUCAAGGGACCGAACACAAGGAGGGCGUUGGGACUGGUUCUUGA